UGAUUUUUCCACUCUAGCAUAUACCCAUUUGGCUUUUUCAUCUCCUUUGGUCCCUUUAGGCAUCCUAAUGUUCCUUCGUAGGAAGUAAACCCAGAAAAAUUCCAAAGAUGCUUCUUUUUCCUUCUUUUUUGAAUUAAAGCUUAGGUUAAAUGAAGCACAACCCAGAAAACCAAGGCUUCAAUUUUUUAUUCAAAUUACUCUCAUCUCUGUAUGCUGUAUUAAUGAUUUGAGAUGCUUACUUUGCCCCAUUGAAGCGGAGAAGCUGUAGAUAAUGAUCUGUUGAAGUUUAUACUUUGAGUUUGAACCCAAUAAAAUUUAACUGAAGCAAGAAUGACAUCUGCUGUCAAUGGUGAAUGCCAUGGUAUUGUUGAGGAGCCUAAGGGUGGUCAAGUGAAGACUCAUAUACCUCUACAUGUUUCGACAUCUCAUAGGGGACUCAUACGUAACGAUAAUUCUCAGAACCAUUCCCAAGGUAACAAUCUUGCUAUUCCCAAAAGGCUAAGGUUCCUCAACUUUGGUAAUUUGGGCUCUCCCUCGGCAAAGUUUCAGCAGAUAGCUGAUGAAAGAGAUGAGUUUUCUCGAACUGUACCUUCUUCUAGCAGCCUUCAUCUCCGUCAACGCCUUUCUAGGCUGUUUUCACGGAAAAUUGAUUGGACCUCUCUUUGCAAAAUGUGCAAAGAGUGGUUCAGAAAUCCGCUGAAUAUUGUACUCUUUAUCUGGAUUGUAUGCGUAGCCGUUUCUGGCGCAAUUUUAUUUCUUGUGAUGACAGGGAUGUUGAACCAUGCCAUCCCUAAGAAAUCUCAGAGAGAUACAUGGUUUGAAGUGAAUAACCAAAUCCUAAAUGCACUGUUUACUCUGAUGUGUCUGUACCAACACCCACAAAGGCUCUAUCACUUUGUUCUUUUAAUGCGAUGGAGGCCAGAAGAUAUUUCCAGGCUGAGAAAGAUUUACUGCAAACAUGGCACUUAUAAGCCCCAUGAAUGGACACACAUGAUGGUGGUUGUUGGGUUACUUAAUCUCAACUGUUUUGCUCAAUAUGCUCUGUGUGGCCUUAAUUUGGGUUACAGGAGGUCAGAAAGACCAGCUAUUGGGGUAGGAUUAUGUAUCUCAGUUGCAAUUGGUGCACCUGCCAUUGCUGGAGUUUACUCUAUGCUCAGCCCUCUUGGAAAAGAUUAUGAUACUGAGUUAGAUGAGGAAGCACAACUUCAGAUGACAGCUGCUGAGAGCAGCGCAUCUAGCCAACUGAGAAGAAAAUCAUUGGAAAGAAGAUUUUCUUUUGCAUCAGAUGAAGGAAGAAUUCUUGAAACUAGGCCACAAUGGAGUGGAGGCAUUCUUGAUUUUUGGGAUGACAUUUCUUUGGCAUAUCUCUCUCUGUUCUGCAGUUUUUGUGUUUUUGGUUGGAAUAUGGAGAGACUUGGGUUUGGAAACAUGUAUGUUCAUAUUGCAACUUUUCUUCUCUUCUGUAUGGCUCCUUUCUGGAUCUUCAAUUUGGCUGCUGUUAAUAUUGACAAUGAUAGUGUCAGGGGGGCGUUAGGACUUACUGGAAUUUUCCUUUGUCUAUUUGGGUUACUAUAUGGUGGCUUUUGGAGGAUUCAGAUGAGAAAACGAUACAAUUUGCCUCCUUACAAUACUUGCUGUGGUAAACCUUCUGUUGCUGAUUGUGCACUAUGGCUUUUCUGCUGUUGGUGUUCUCUUGCACAGGAAGUAAGGACUGGAAAUUCUUAUGACAUUGUGGAGGAUAAAUUUUAUAUGAAACAAGAUGAAAGUAUAGCUCCAUUACCUCGUGAGGAUGUGCUAUAUAGAUCCACUCAAUGUUCUCCCAACUCCUCUCCACCUUCAAUAGUGAAAAAUGAGAUAAUGACACCGCCUGCUCCUUCGAUUAUACAAAGAGAAGAUGUGUAGUACGAUCUUUUUUGCAAUGUUAUGAGAACUUUUCAACUGUAAGCUCGCCUGCGCAAGUUUCAUUUUAGCUGUAGGUAUGUUGUAUUUCUACAUUCUAAAUAUGUUGUACAAGUGCUGGUUGUGAUCAUCAUGUUUCAGAUAUUUUAUUCUCUGUAAUAUUUCGCAGUACUCUGAUUCUUUCACAUUUUUUGCCAGCGUUUUCAUGCUUCUAGGCGGCACAUAUAACUUAUUUUGAUCAGUGAGGCUCACUCUUAAUUGGUUGCUCUAAGUGAAAAAUCUUUUGACUUAAUAAGGCAUUCUGACAUGAAAAUCCCAUUCUACAAGAAUUUCUACUGAUCUAUUUUAUGAUCUGCUAUACAAGAUUCACUUUCUGAUCCCCCUUAUGGUGCCCCCUUACUGGAGUUGGGAAGAUAAUUGGCCUUAUUCUUUUCUCAAUCCUUAUAAGAAGGAGGCUGGUUUAGUGAAAGGUGAAGAGCAAUAAUGAAUAUGAGUACUUUUUGAAAGUAGACUUCGCUUGAGAAGAUUGUGGCUUGACUUUUACCUUUGAUCUGAUGAUUUAUAAUUAGUUCCUUUCCUAAAGUACACUACCUACUUUGACUAGCACAGAUUGAGAAACUUUUUGAAUAUUUUCUUAUGUCAUAACUAAUAAAGAAGUAUUAAAUACUUUGAUAUGUUGAAUUAGUGAGGAACAUGUCUCGCAGCAUUAAGACAAUAUAAAGUAGUACUCCUGUUUCAUUUUAUAUGACUGUGUUUGACUGAGUAUAUAUAUGUCAAUUUGAAGUAAUAGUAAUAGUUUAAAAGUUAGUUUAACAUAGAAAGCGCCAUAUUGAAGUUAACAUUUUAAUAGUCAAAUAAGUUAAACUCUUAAAAGUUCUGAAAGUUGUAUAAAAUAAUAUUAUUAUUUUUGCAAUAUCCGAAUGGAAGGAGUGUCAUAUAGCUUGAGUAGAGAGAGUAUUAGUAUAAGAUUGUUAGAGUUGGAAUAGAAGGAAAAUUUGGGAUUUAAAGGGAAUGGUCAAGUUAUAUGGACAGACAAAAAAGCAAAGCAAUUAACUAAUUUACAACAAAGGGACUACAACAUCUCAAUUGAGAUUUAGCUUUCUUUUUUCUUAUCCUUAUAUGUUAGUUCUCUGAGAUGCAUAAUGUUGCUGAUUUGCCAUGGCAGCUUCUAUUCUUCUACUCUGAGGUUUUGGCUUGUGAUUGGUAAUGACCUAAGGCCUCAUAUUUUCCUAUGGCUUUUAAUUAUUAGUAUCACUUGAAUUUGUGUUAUAUUUGCCUUUAGUAAGUAUGAGUGACUUCUUUAGUGACUUAUUGUGCUUUAGCGGAUUUUCCUGGACUUAAAUAAUUUCUUCAUUGAAAGAAGUGUCGUUGUCAAAGUGCCAAACUUGCAAAUUUUUAUCUAAAUUGUAGCAUACUGAAUUUGUUCGAGAUUUAGAUAUGUUCUUGAAUCUGCAUGAAUCUUUUUUUUUUCUUCUGAAUCCGUUUUGUAUUCUAAAUUUUCUUCUGAGGUUCCAAUUGAGUUGUCUGAACAGACCAAGCAUGAUUUAAUUUUAAGGAGAUGAACUUUGAAUAGAUUUUUCCACAAUGCUUAAUAAACAAAUCUUGAAUAUAUGAAACCUAUUUAAUCAUAAUAGGUAUCUGAAUAACUAGGGAGAAUCUCUUGCUUUAAGUAAAUCAAACCUUGCUUAACUCACCAUCAUGUAAUCAUCUAUUGAGCAUUUUCCACCUUUCACAUUCAAUGCAUUUCUUUCCGAUUUGUACUUUUUCUGAAUUAGAAAAUUCAUGAGACUUAAAAUUUGCAGGGGUUCCAUCAAUUGGAUGGAAAAUUAAAUUACCCAAUCUGCAACCGAUUUUUGUUUGCUUAUAUCUUUUCUUAGCUUCUUUUUGGAAAGAUGAAAAUUUAUCUAGGAUGCUCCUUUUAUAUAAGAUUGGAAGAAAGUAGGCCUGAAAACAUCGGAAUGGACAAAGAUGCUUUAUGACCAGCUUUUCAGUUUUUUUUAAAGAGAUGCUUUAUAUAACCGAUCUCAAGUAGUUUGUAACUGAAGCAUAGUCAAUUAACUGAUUGUCAUUAUUGAUUGGUUGAUACUCUUUUUGUUCUCUUAAAUUUUGACUUACCCUUAAAGCGUAUGGGGUGAAAUAUCUUUUUACUUAAUUUAGAAACAAGACAUUUUAAAAGAUCAUUGGAAGAGUAAACAAUUGUUUGAAUAGUGUUACCAAAAUAGUGAACUAUCACCGAAAAGCAGUGCCAAAACUCUUUUCUCUGAGAAGUUGCUGGUAAUUGCACAUUUGGUAUCGGAACAAAAUCUAUUCUUAUUAGCUGAAAGAGGUACAGUGAAGCAAGUCUCUGUAACAUCAUCAGCGUAGAUUGAUGAGUAAGCAAAGAGUUGCUGACUUAAAUUCAAUAUUCAUAGGAAAGACUCAUUACCUAGACUCUGAUCCCAUGACAAAAACGAAGAGAUUAAGAAGUUUUAGCAUUGAUUUUCUUGACUUUCAACAUCAUUCGUCAACUUGCUAUUGCUUAGGGUCCAUUUCUUAUAUGGAAGCAGGAUUAGAAGAUCAUGUUACUAAUCUGGCUGCAUUUUGCAGUAACGGAACUUGUCUGAUCCAUAUAUAUUUAUUGCCUUCAUACUAAUUGCAGACAUCCAUAUUUAAUUUGUUGCAGGGUGUUAGCUAAUGCUCUAUGCCAAUUUAUUGUUUUAGUGUAUGUUGCUGGAAUAAAUAUGGAACAUAAGUGGUCGGUGAAACUGUCAUGUAGUCGAUACAAAAGUUACUCGUGUCAGUGGUCUAACCGUCUAAGUUUCUUCCUUACCUUAAAAAUUAAUGCGAGGGAGCAGUUUGUUUGAAUCUAUUGUCUUGCAAGAAAAACAUAUUAAUUCUCCUUUACUUGUUAAGGGGUAGACUAUCUCAGAAUUACAAUGGAAUAAAGUUUAAGAAUACACAUUGAACAUGCUAAUGAUAGCAAAGAUUUGUGUUAGGCGUAGUUCUCUGCUCUAAGGAAGUGGUUUGUAUGUGGAUAUUUUUGUUUAUUGUUUGUUGUUUGUGAUGAAACUCUAAACCUGAGGCCUAAAGAUAUCAAUUAGCACCUAGUUGUAUGCUCUUCUCGGCAACAGUAGAAAUCAUGACUUGGAGUGUGUGGAGAUUAUGCUGGGAAUCAAGAGCAUCUUCUUUAGUCUGUUUUCUGGUAUAUGCUGAUAUUCCUAUUUCUUGAUUUCUUUUUUGGUGCUUGAAAUGGCUAUUUCUGGUCUACAAGCAAACAUGCACUUUGAUAGUUUUACUUCUAGACAAUACCAUGACAAUGAAUAGCGUAAACUUGAAGUUGGCACCUUGCAAUAGAAAAAGAUGAAACAAAUCCAGGGAGGAAGAUUGGGCAUGGAGCAAGGAUGCAUAAAAAUGGUGCUCACACUUGAGAUUACUUCUGAAGUUGUCAAAGCAAAAAUGUUGCUUCUUUCGUUAAUCAGGUAACAUCAAAUGAUCUUUAAAUUGGUUACAAUUGUUGGAGAAGAAAAAGCUUAAUAUUUAAAGGGAAUGGUCAAGUAAUAUGGGAACAGACAAAAAACAAAAAGCAUGUCAACUAUUUUAACAUAAAGGGACUACAACACCUAAAUUGAGUUUUAGUUUUCUUUUCUUCUUUGCCUUAAAUGUUAGUUCUCUGAUAUGCAGCUUCUAUUCUGUAGUCUGAGGUUGUGACUAUUUAAUCACUCAAAGCCUCAUAUUUACCUAUGGCUUUGAAUUAAUAGUAUCACUUGAAUUUGUGCUGCAUUUGCCUUUAAUGAGUGAGUGACUUCUUUAUCGACUUAUUGGGCUGUAAGUAACGAAUUCUUCUGGACUUAAAUAAUUUCUUCAUUGAAAGGAGUAUCGUUGUCUAAGUGUCAAGCUUUCAAUGUUUUAUGUAAAUUGGAGGAUACAGAUUUUUUUCUAGAUUUAGUUCUUUUCUUGAAUCCUGCUGGACCUUUUUCCUAUUCUGGACCCUGCUGGAUCUUGAAAUUUCCAACCGAGUUAUCUGAAUAGACCAAACUAAGAUCUAACUUUAAGGUGAUGAACUUUGAGUAGUUUUUUGUAUGCUCAUUCAAACAAAUUUUGAAAUUUAUGAUAAAAACCUAUCAGAAAUAGGUAUCUGAAUAACUAUGGGGAAUCUCUUGCUUCGAUUAAAUCAGACUGUACUUCUAUCCUAACUCACCUCAUCAUAUUCUUUAGAGCAUUUUCCACCAUUCAUUAGUCAAUGCAUGUCUUUUCGAUCUAUAUCCUUUUGGAUUGAAAAAAUACAUCAAACUUAAAAGUUGUGGGGUUCCAGUCAAUUAGGUGGAAAAUUUAAUUAACAAAUCUGCAAAUAAUUUUUGUCCAUUUAUAUCUUCCUCAACUUCAUUUUGGAAAGAUGAAGAUUUACCUAGGAUGUUCCUUGUAUGUAUGAUUGGAACAAGAUGGGCCUCAAUAGAUCCGAAUGGAUACAAAUGUUUUAUAUUACCGAUAUCAUCUAGUUUAGGACUGAAGCAUAGUCGAUCAAUUGAUUGUCGUAGUUGAUUGAGUGAUUAUUCCGUAUAUGCAAGUAUUUUGUUCUCAUUAAUCACGAUAAAAAUAUUUUAUUUAUUUGAAAGAAAGAGGAGCUUUUUGAGAAUAUUCAGCUGGAUAACCUAGUCACUAAGAAUAUUUUACGUAAUACUCUUAGUAAUUAUCUUAAACUUCAAUAGUUUUACUUUAUUUUGAGAACAAGAAAUAUUAAAGAUUAUUAGAAGAGUAAACAAUUGCUUGAGUAGUGUCACCAGAACAGUGAACUGUCACUGAAAAGAAAAGCAGUGUCAAAACUACUUUUUCCUGGAAAGCCACUGGUAAUUGCAAAGCAAAAUAAAGUGUUCUACACCUAGAUAAUACCAUGAGAAUGAAUGGCCGUAAACUUGAAGUUGGCACCUUUGCAGAAGAAAAAGAUGAAACAAAUCCAGGGAGGAAGAUUAGGCAUGGAGCAAGGAUGGAGAAAAAUGGUGGUCAUUACUACUGAAGUUGUCAAAGCAAAGCUGUCAGGUAACAGCAAAUGAUCUCUAAAUCAAUUAGUCUUGAGGGCUCUUUUUGUCUCUAUAAAGACAGAGUAUCUAAAUGUGAUGGUGGUCAAACUUGAUAUUACUACUGAAGUUGUCAUAGCAAAGCUGUUGCAUCUAUCAUUAAUCGGGUAACAUCACUUGGUCUCUAGAUUGAUUAUCUUGAGGGUUUUUUUUGUCUUUAUAAAGUCAAAGUAUCUAAAAAAGAAAGGAGCAAUAGUACCCUCUUGACUUGAUAGAACAAGAAAAUGAUUAUUGCUCCUUUCUUUUCAAAACCUCCUAUAGACUCUCACUGCCCAGGAUCACUGUCUGGAUACCUCAUCACAAUCUUAAAUGGCAGCUUGAAAUUCGAUCUCAAUGAAGACUUGCACACAUAUUUGACAAGUGUGGUAUUCUUCAAUCAAAGCCUAUAAACAGAAAUUAAACGUAUGUGGUUUACACAGAAGCACAACGGAAGCAUCGUUACAGUGGGAAUAUAAGGAUUAGUAUAAGGCCUCCAACUGCUCCACUGCUUUACCCUAGAAAAAUUUGGCUCUAAUUUUCAAUUAUUCUAUGCCUAUCUCUUUCUCCUCUUUUUUAGUUAUUCUGGCUCAUGGUCUGUUAAUUUGCUGCACCCUUCAAACUUCACUGAUUGGCUUCUGAAGUGAAUGAAAGGUUCAAUACUGGCCAGACAAGUACAAAAGGUACUUUCAACGUUCCACUUACAUGGUAUAAUACUAUAUAACCAAUCAAUCCCAUCUUGUUUAUUUCCAAGUAUUAUUGUAGUUUUUACAAAUUUGGUAGUUGCUGAGUAGUCCUAUGAAACUAAAUUCUAUUGGAGUACUUGGCAAUGGGCUGCAGACAUCAGCAUUCUGUAAAAGCAGAAAAUCACUACAUUUCAAGCAGCAAAUGCUUUUAGGCUUGUUUGUUUCUCAGAAUUUCCGUACUUUUCCUCUAUUACAGAUUAAGAAUGGUCUACCAUCAGAAUUAAUAUAUGGACCUCCAUUUUUUUGUGUCCA